CCUAUAUGCCAUACACACGACCAAAGUUUUCUGUGCCAAAAGUAAUGUGACCAUAAAUCGCAAAGCUCCUGAUUAAAUUGCCUACUUGCUUGAGACUUAUAAGCUUAUAACAUUUUCCUGCAAUACAACUGUAAAUAUAAUGGACCACUCGAAGUUAUGAGAUGUGGAAAUGGGUGGCCAGCACUCAGUUCAGCUUCAAACCCACAUCAUCAGAAGUUUUGUCAUGUUACUUAAAACAAUGCAGUAAGCCACCAUGGACAUCUUUCUUUGUCAAAUAUAGUAGUGUUGUUAAUGAUCAGCGAGGCUGGUCUCAUUUCAACUGGGCUGUGGGCACCAGCAAUUAUCAUGUCCUGCGGACAGGCUGCUACCCAUACAUAAAAUACCACUGUUCGCGCAGACCUAUCCAAGACUUGAGACUUGAGGACAGAUUCUUCCGCUUCAUAAAAGUUAUUAACUUAGGUAUCCCUUGCUUAGCUUAUGGAGUUGCAGCCACCAUGUUGAUACAACACAAGGAAGUUGUGCACACGCCACAUGGGGAUGUGUUUGUUUACUUUCUCUAUGAGGAGGACAAAGGAUCUGAAUAUUAAUAGUCUCAGUUCACCUUUCCAGUAAUGACUGUGUGGAAAGAACGUUUUGGAAUAUCCAAGUUGAUGUGCCUCGUGUCAGACACUGUUACAGUGACUCUUCUAUCAUAAUCUGACCUGCAGACACAAAAUGAAUGUCAUGUAAUCUGUUAGUAAAAUAAAUAAAUUAUAAAUGCAUUUCA